CGCUCCUGGAUGAGUCGCGCACGGGUUUUCUCUCCCAUAGAGAAUGUAUGGAGGAGGAAUAUGAAUAUGCUAAUAAGUUUGGAAACAAGACCUCUAGCAGCAUUCCAAGAAAACAAGAGGAAGGCCACAGUCUCUGCUUCCACCACAGAUAUAUACCAACUUUGUGUUGUGUGGGAAUCUCAGUUCUUUGAACAAAUCUCAAGGGAAGACGAAUAACAGAGAUCUCUAUUGUUUCUCCUCACUAGUUUUCUUUUGAUCUGUCUUUUUUAUUAUGGUCACUGUGAUGUGCAUGGACAUUAUUGGAGCACACACACAAACUUAUUCGACGACGAGAAACACAUUGCUG